AUGCCAUCUUUCCUCAUUCCACCUGGACUUACUAGUUCUUGGACAAAACAGGCACUGGAAGUUGACAGCCCCCCACCCAUGUCACCAUGGGAUCAACUUGCAGAUCCACCUGAUAGCACUUGCGCCCAGGUCAUCCAUUCAAGGCCUGAAGCAUUUAGCAACAACUGGGUGCCCAUAGCUGCCACAAGGGAGUUCCACGGUCAUAAUGAUAAUCAAGGUAAUUUUGCAAUGGGCAAUGACCCGGGCAUAAGGGUCCCUGCAAAUCCAGAUUUACAACUAGAAGGCCAAGCUGUACCAGCAAUUAACAAGGCAAAAUUAUCUGAUUUAAAAUUAAAAGGUGACGGUGAAAAAUUAGAGAAAGAAAAAUUGGAGAUGAACAGUGAGACACCAGUUGAGAAAUUGACGAAAGAAGCUGCUGAUCUUGGUGGUGCUUUGACCAGCAGUACUAAUCCUCAGAUAGAAAAUCUAGUUACUGAAGUUCAAAAUGACAUCUCCAAGACAAACAUUAAAGACAAGACUACCUAUGAUACAAAGGAAAUACCUUCUCUCGAGCUCAGCUUGAAGAGACUGAUAGAUACACUGACUGGGAAUGUAGGCAGCUGUUCUCCACUUGGUAAUAGCUCAGAAGCUGCCAAAACAGAAUCACUGCAGAAUCCACAAUCUAAUACAAAAAGCAGCCCUGAUCAACCACCUAAUGGCAGUAGCAACAACAAUGAUAUGGGUUCCACAACUAAUGAUGCUUUCAUCAAACCAGGAGAUUUCAGUGAUAAGCCAAUGCCCAAAUCUACAGUCAAUGUCCAUCCCUGCUCUGCAUUUCAACCAGUCCAAAGCAGCCAAGUCCAAGUUCAGCAUCACCAUCAUCAUUACCACCACUAUCACCAUCACGUCCACAACAUGCAGCAGCAGCAGCAGCAACAGCAGCAGCAGCAGCUGCAGCUGCCUAAUCAUGAUGAUUUGUCUUUGAGGACUAUAGCAGCCGCUCCGCAUGGCAGGCCAUCCAACUUGCCGAGUAUGCCAAUUGAAGGCAUUGCUACGAAUUACAGUAUGAAUGGGAGUGCUUCCGGAAGUAAUAAUGGAAGCAAUGGGCAACAUGGUAGUAGCACUGCUAUAAUUAUUGAAGGAACAAAUAUGGCAAGUGAUAAUGGAGCAACCGGAAAAUGUGGAGCUGCUGGCGGUGGUAAUGAUGGUAGUGGGAGUGCGAAAGGUAGCAGCAAUGGGGUAGAUCAGAACCGUUGCAAGCAGAGAGAGGCUGCUUUGAACAAAUUCCGCCAGAAGAGGAAAGAAAGAUGCUUUGAAAAAAAGGUGCGCUAUCAAAGCAGAAAGAGAUUAGCAGAACAAAGACCACGUAUUCGAGGACAAUUUGUUCGACAGGUUGCAAAUGAAAACAAAAGCAAAGAUAAGGAUUGCUAA